AUGACGAAGCCCUCUCAGGAAGCAGAGUUGCCGCGUUACCCUUGGCCUUUCAGCAGGACGACGGUGGACAAGCAACUUCACCAAGCCAUCGAUGGUCUCGUCGCCAGGACCGAACCAUUCCGGGAAGCAAAGUCGCCGCGCUCUCCAUAUACAUUCGGCAGGAUACCCUACGCCGAGCUACCACAGCAAGCCUCCAGAUACCUUUUCACUCUCGGUAACACCUGGUCGAUCGCUGCUGAGCAAUACGGCCUCGUUACUGAGUUCUUCCGCGCACUCGCCAUCGUCGACAAGGAUAUCGUGGACAGGCAUAGAGCAAGCAGGGGCAUUCUCCGCCCGCACACGGGGUGGCAGAAGGCGCUCCGGCUCAACGCCGCAGGCAUUCGCCACAAUGCGGCGGGCCUCCUCCUGGAGCGCAUGAGGAUCGUACAGGACUUCGUCGUAUACUUCGACGCGCUCGUGUGGUGGGAGGUCCACUACAACAACACCUACGUGGAUCCGGACAUUGUGCGUAACACUGUGCGUAACAUUAUGCUGAACCCUGUCCUCGACUACGCGGACGCUGCCUUGGCUGACGUGCGAGGCCUUGUCGAAGGCGAGUGCACGGAACGCCUUGAAACUUACAUCCGAAACAUCAGCAUUCCCGCACCACGAAAACCCGCUUACCCUGACUCACUGCAUGCCGCCUGGGCCCGAGGCAGACCACGCUCAUCGCCACCAGAAGCGAGGAACCGACCACACGAGGCUACGCAGCCGCAUCGCUGGCCCUGGAAGAAGCUCGAUAUCGCGACGAGCAAGAUAAUAUUACAAAUGGAGGAACAGGGAGGCGCGGACGAUGCGCGUGCAGUGACACACCAGAUGUUUGGGGCAAGUGCAGAGCGAUGCGAGGAAGGGGAAAAAGAGGAAGAGGAGAAAAGUACAAAAUAUAAGAGAGGUAAAGAUCAAGCAGUAGAGACAAUAUAUGAACACAAAACGAUCCAAGAGUAG